AUGCGCCCCCAUGUCUCCACAGAAGGUGACAUCGAGCGUGCCUUGCGCAUACGGGAGAACAAACGCCGCAGCAGAGCGCGUCAAAAAGAAUACAAUGCUGGCCUUGAAGAGCGGCUGAGGCAGCUGCAGAAAGAAGGCAUCCAGGCGACUGUUGAGGUUCAGGCUGCAGCAAGAAAGGUUGCAGAAGAAAAUCGACACCUGAGAGAGCUUUGCUGUCAUAUUGGGCUCAGUCAGCAGACAGUCGAGGAAUGGCUCAAGGAGAGAAGGCGGGCUGAAACAGAGAAACUGGACUUGCGUCAACAGCGGCAUGGCACAGAUAUACCAAGUAUGGGAGGCAAUCCGAUGAAUCAAGAUGAUAACUCUAGUGUUCGUGUUCGGAGGAAUACCGAUCAGCAUUUAGAGGCUUCACCCUCUACCUUCCCGGGAUCACACUCGAGCCCAGAGCACCGCAAAAAGGGGACCUUAUACUUGGAAGAUGUGAACCGGCCUCCCAACGAAUCAGCAAUGUCUAUGGCGAGUUCCUCAUCAGCUAACAGCUUGAGUCCAUCCACGGGGCAUCUGAGCGCUUGCAACUCUGAAAAACACCGCAGCUGUCAGCAAGGUCGAGCUGGAAAAUCCCAGCAAACCGAGCCUCCAUGCAAACUCCUCACCCGGCUAGCUGCCAAUCCUAGUACCGAUAUCACACAGGUUCCUAUAGCUUCAGACGAUGAGCAAGAUCCUGACAAAGUGGAAGAUGGAAUCCCAUGUGCUCGUGCCUACCAGUUACUAAUGCAUUAUGCUACUUCGGAGGAAAAGUUGGAUACAGUAGCUCAGGUGCUUGAGAUGGGAUGUACGCCCAAUGCAAGUCGCAAUGGUGGAUGUAAAGUAAAGAGCGCUGUUAUAUCUCAGACUCUUCUUGAUCUUUGUCUCUAA